CCCCCCCCCAGGUUUGGGAGGCAAAGGCUUAACCUCAAUUAUUCCAACAGCUACCAUUAUCGUUCCAGGGAUUAAGAUUUGUAAAUUGAACCCAUGAAGCUGGAUUUCUUCCGCCAGCUACCUGUUCUACCUGCUCUUCCUGCUGUACUUGACCAAACUGAUUCACACCUCAUCUCGAUAGCAGGUAAGAAUAUUUUAUCUUGACGCGGAUGGAACUGGGUUGAAUAUUUUGUUCUAGCGCUUUUCUACCAAACCUUACAAGCAUGCAUGGAAAUGAAAUCAAAUUAACAUCUAUAACAGACUUGGAUUGAUCACAGGCUAUUUUGUUUACUGUUUACAGAUAAAAGAAAAAGUCUUACCUUUUUUACCUAAAUGAAUAAAUCUGUCAUUUUAUUUGAGAACUGUCCGUGGUACUAUAACAAGCUACGAUGUCGUCAAACUAAAAACAAAAGCUGAAUACAAGGAACCAAAGUGAUUAUCAACUGGGAGCAGGUGGGGAUGGGAACCAGGUAGCGUUCAUUACAAACAGGUAAAGCACACCCCUUGGGAGCUUUCAUAAUAAAACAACCCAAUCCCGAAGGAGUAAAAAACCUUCAGCUGGGAAGACAACUACCAGAAUACUAAAGCGCUUUAAAAGAAGCUCAACAAUAUUGCUCAACAAAAUUACAAUUGAGAACUUUUGUUCCUUACAAUGGCCAGCUGCUGUUCCAUCCGCCCUGUUGCUUGUCUCAAGGUGAAUUCCGACCUUUCUUUAACAUUUGUAUUGGUAUUUAGUGAACAAUGGUUGUCAUCUUUUACAGAUAAGCUUCCAUUGUCCUUCUAAGAUAUUUGAUGCAUGAUUGCAAAUCUCAUGCCGGGCGGGUCUAAAUUUGAAUGGCCUUGUUGUUUUUUUUGGGCUUGUGUAAGCCUCGGUUGACUGACUCAAGAACAGGUUUUGAGUGGCAUUCCCCAUAAACUAUUCAGGUGCUUGUAGUGUCGUGAUAAUUAGACACUACCCCUUUAAGAGACGGAGGAAGUGAGAGGGGGUUAAACAGAGAGCGGGAGAGUUGUAGUAAAAACAGAACGAGCGAGGAGUCAAUGUUGCACUACCUGUAACUAUGAAUGAAAGUUAUUAAAGCUUCAACUUCAAAGAUCUAAACUGAGAGGACAUCCAGUUUCUACAGUGCUCAAUAAAGGAAAAAUGACCAAGAUUAUCUAUAAAAUUGACUCCAAAUUAUUCAUUUAAUUACAGUAUUAAAAUUCCCGUGGAGAAAAUUUGAUGGAUAGACAGUAUUUAAAUUAUUUAUCUAAAGAAUAAUAGUGGGCCUAAAAUGGAGCCCUGAGGAGCACCAUAACACAUUUUGAGCUAGCUAGAGAAUAAUCGUGGGCCUAAAAUGGAGCCCUGAGGAGCACCAUAACAUAUUUUGAGCUAUUUAGGCUUGUGUGAAAAGCACAAAACUUUAAGCGGGUGUGACACCUUGGUUUCUAUGAUGUUCACAUUUCCACUCCCACAGCCACACGAGAUGUUGUCCAGACUGCGACCGACUUGGCUCCUGUUUAUCCUCCUGUGUUUCACUGGUGCCAAUUUGUUCUAUAAAUUCAAAUGGAAUAUGCCAAACUUGUAUUGGCUCUGGCCGCAAAGUGUCUGCAGCUGCCGAAAAUGUUUGGCUGAGAGUCCACACGAGUUUAAAUCGCUAAUGGACGCCUCACCAAAGCCUUUUUUGUCCGUACCAAAUCCAACCACGGAGGAUGAUUUCAACUGGUGGAAGAAAUUGCAGACGGAGCAGCGCUCCUUUGUUUUUUUAAAUGAAACUAUCAACAACCUAUUUGAGAUUUUUCCGCACGUCCCUCAAGUUGAGCAGCCAUCGCCUGACCGUUGCAGGACUUGUGCGGUGGUGGGCAAUUCGGGCAAUCUCAAAGGAUCGCACUAUGGACCUAUGAUCGAUCACCAUAACAUGGUAAUAAGAUUGAACCGCGGGCCCACAAAGGGCUAUGAGUCAGACGUUGGCAGCAAGACAACUCAUCGUGUCAUGUAUCCAGAGAGCGCCAGCAGUUUGGACAACAGCACUCAUCUGGUGUUCUUUCCGUUUAAGAUAAAUGACCUGCUUUGGCUGCUCAGGAGCUUUGCCCCUCGAGAAAAUGGGCAAGAAAACCCAAAGAGGAUUGGCAACAAGAACUUGGUGAUGAUCAUAAACCCGGCAUUUCUGAAAUAUGUUCAUGAAAUAUGGCUGAAAAAGAGAGGCCGCUAUCCAUCCACUGGAUUUAUGACCUUGGUGCUCAGCUUGCAACUUUGUGAUGAGGUCAGUGUUUUUGGCUUUGGUGCUGACAGAGAUGGAAAUUGGAACCAUUAUUUUGAGAUCCUGAGAAACAAAAAACUGAGAACUGGACCUCAUCCUGGCAUGCAGGAAUAUGAGGUCAUUCGUGAGUUGCAUCAGAAGCAGAUCAUUCGUUUUUUUCAAGGACUGUAACCUGUUUGGGACUCUCACGCAUUCAACAUUGAUUGGGGUUUAUUUACAUGGCCUUCCGUCCAGUUCCUGUUUUUAAUACGAGGUGUAGAAGGUAAAUAUAUUUAUUGUAUAACAGUGUUGUCUUCCUUCUAAAAAUAUCAAAUAAAAGUUUUUAAACUUU